AUGAAAUAAUAAUUUUUACAAAUAUAACUCAAAGACUCACUACAAGAGGUAUCUUGUGUAACACUAGAAAAUAUGGUAGACAUGCUCAGGGAUCCAGAUUUUAGAUGGAAGUGUGAAUUAUGCAAAUAAGAGAAUGAAUUAAUAUAGAUGUUUCCUUUGGUUGGCUUUGGGAUAACCAUUAAAAAAAUUCAAAAAGGCUCCUCAAUUUAAAUAAAGGUAACUUAGUUUUCCAAAGUUGAAAAAAUAAUCGAUCAUACAUUUUUUGAUUAAAACUAUUUCUUAGCUUAAGAAGAAUAUCCAAACUGUGUCUUACCAUUAUUGUCAUCCAAAGAAGGGAAUGAUCAAUUAUUAAAUUGUGAACUCUUUAAAAGAAAGAUGUCUUACUUAGUGCAUCAGAAAUUUGAUUAUUACUAAGAAGACACAUAUUUGGAAUUAAUUUAAGCUAGCAUUUAUCACAUAAUUAAGAAAAAUGGCAGCUAAACUUGGGGGAAGGAAAUUUUAAUGCUUUCAUUUGAAACUUGUAAGUAAGUUUUUAUUAAUACCCCUUUAUUUUGUAAUUCACUUCAAAGUUUAGAAUAGUAGAAAUCUAAGUUUAAGUUACUUAAUUUAAUAUGUUUAUUUUAUAUGGGUUAGACAAAAACUGAACAAAUUUUUGAUUAUUAUAUUCGACCAAAUUAUUCAAAAAAUGAUUAAAAACCAAAUGAAGAAUUUAUUUAACCCUUCUUUAAUACAUUAAAAUUUGAUAAUUUCGAUUUAAUUUAUUAGAAUAUUUAGCAGUUUAUUCAUAAUUAUCUAGUAGAAAAUAAUUAUUUCAUUAUAAAUUUUAAUUUCAACAAAUUUUUUUAAAGACUUAUAGAAUUUUUGAUUCCAAAGGAUGAGUAAUGGGCAAACAUCUAAAGACUUGAAUGUAUUAAUGAUCAGGGAUCAGAUAUCAAAAAAUAUAAAAAUUAUACCGUCUCAAGUAUCUAUCAAAAUUUACUUACUAACCUAAUUGAAGAUUAUAAGGAGGAAAAGAAAUGUAAGUAUUUUGAGUCCUUCUCUAAAUACUUUGAAGAAGAUGAAUACUCAUACUAAUUUUUUCUUAUAUAUCAUGAUAGAUAUCAUGAAAUCUAUGAAAUAUAUGAAUUAUACAAUUAAGCAUAAAAUGGAUUGUAAAAUGAUACAAUUUUUUAGGAAAUGUAUAAAGUUACAACGAUUCGUUUUAUUGUUAAUAAAAUAUCCAUAGACACAAUUAAAAGAAAAAGUCCUGCAAGUAUUUUAGACCUAUAAUCUUAUGAAGAAUUUAAUAAAAUUCUUGGCUAUUUGGAUGUAUUUAAAAAAAUAUGUAACCUAAACGAGCCAUAAGCAUAAGUACUCCAUAGUUAAAUAAUUGAAGAAAUCAAAAAUUUGACUUGGUUGAAUUUGCUAUCUUCCGUAACAAAUUUUAAAUUGUAGGAUCAGAUUAUGUUAUUCUUGUAAAAAUUUUUUUCCCAUUUAAAAACUUGGAGAUCAAUCCAAAUCUAAGAGGUAUGUGCAGGAAAUUUAAAUGAUAUAAGUAGGUUUAGUUUUUUAUUAAUCCAAAGGACAAGAAUGUUAAGGACUGUUAAGGGUUUUAAAUAAUCCUAAUUAUAAGAUAUUUUGAGAUAAGCAAAUAAAUAAAAUGAGUUCUUCUGUAAAAGAAUAUUUGAAUUGAGUAAAAUUCUUUGA